UUCCCCUCAGUCUCUCAUGAAUAUUGAGCGGCCCCUGUUGUAUUUCCCGAGCUCCAUUGCGGAAGCCGAGGCUCGCCAUAUUGUGCGGCGGCGCCGGCGGCCGCGGAGGCUGGUCCCCGAGUCUUACCCCGGUCGCGGCCAGCGGAGCCCCGGACGGGAGCAGGCGCCGCAAUGUCUCAGGCUGUGCAGACGAAUGGAACUCAGCCCUUAAGCAAAACAUGGGAACUCAGUUUGUAUGAAUUACAGCGAACACCUCAGGAGGCAAUAACAGAUGGCUUGGAAAUUGUUGUUUCACCUCGAAGCCUCCACAGCGAACUAAUGUGUCCGAUUUGUUUGGACAUGUUGAAGAACACCAUGACUACAAAGGAGUGUCUACAUCGCUUUUGUGCGGACUGCAUCAUCACAGCCCUCAGAAGUGGCAACAAAGAAUGCCCUACUUGUCGGAAGAAGCUAGUUUCCAAAAGAUCACUAAGGCCAGAUCCAAACUUUGAUGCCCUCAUCAGCAAAAUAUAUCCAAGUCGUGAUGAGUAUGAAGCUCAUCAAGAGCGAGUGUUAGCCAGAAUCAACAAGCACAAUAACCAGCAAGCGCUCAGUCACAGCAUUGAGGAAGGACUGAAGAUACAGGCCUUGAACAGACUACAGCGAGGCAAGAAGCAACAGAUUGAAAAUGGUAGUGGAGCAGAAGAUAAUGGUGAUAGUUCACACUGUAGCAACGCAUCUACACAUAGCAACCAGGAAGCAGGACCUAGUAACAAAAGGACCAAAACAUCUGAUGAUUCUGGGCUUGAGCUUGAUAAUAACAAUGCCACAGUAGCAAUCGACCCCGCCAUGGAUGGGGCUAGUGAAAUUGAGUUAGUAUUCAGGCCCCAUCCCACGCUUAUGGAAAAGGAUGACAGUGCACAGACAAGAUAUAUAAAGACUUCAGGUAAUGCUACUGUUGAUCAUUUAUCCAAGUAUCUAGCAGUGAGGCUAGCUUUAGAAGAACUUCGAAGCAAAGGAGAAUCAAACCAGAUGAACCUCGAAACAGCCAGUGAGAAGCAGUACACCAUUUACAUAGCAACAGCCAACGGCCAGUUCACUGUAUUAAAUGGCUCAUUUUCUUUGGAAUUGGUCAGUGAGAAAUACUGGAAAGUGAACAAACCCAUGGAACUUUAUUAUGCACCCACAAAAGAGCACAAAUGAGCUUUACUAAAAGACAAUUCUGAAACGAACCUUUUUAUAGCCUACUUCUUUAAUAUUAAAGAUGUACCGUCAUUAGUUUUAUGGACAGAAUCUUGGAUAUGCUGUGCAGUUUUUGUUUUUCCUGAGCCACACUUGGUUUACUCUGAGAAUCUUUCCCCCUUAAUUUAAGAGUUCCCUUUUGGAAGGGAUUGCAAGUAUACAGUACUUUUUCUUUUUAAAAAUCUUGUUUUUUGUUUUCCCCCAAAGUGUGGUUACAUUUUGGAGCACUCUUUAGACCCAGGAAUUUUUCAGUUUCUGUAUUCUGAAGUGAAAAUUAACUCUGGCCAUCCUUCUCCUUCUGACCCAAAGUUUUUUAGGCCUACAGAAUGUAUUCUGAUUUAAUACAUAUUCUGACUUAUUUCCUCCUCAGAGUCUUCUAUAUUUAUAGUUUUCUAUAUAAACUAUAGGAUCUUCAUGAAGACCAAGACUCAAAUUUACUCUGCUUAAAAACAAUUCUCAUAGGAUUAUUAUUUUCAUGGUAUUUUCUUCCAUAAUAUCUCAUUUUAAGAAGUUCUUUAUGAACUUAGUGUCCAUUGUCAUGCAAUGUUUUUUUUUCCCAUUUUUUUUUUGGCCCUGUAGUAACUUUGGAGUUUGUGAUCCUGGGGAAGAAGAUUUACACGUUUAAAAUGUUAAGUUCUAUGAGAACUUGAUUCAUACACAGAUUUCAAUGAAGGAUAAUUGAUAGUUUUCAAGUGUAUAUUUAAAGAGAUCUUCCCCCCAAUACUAGUUCUAUUGUCACUUGAAUUUCUUUCUGAUGUGAUAUUGUUGCCUCUUGAAAGAAAUGUGGAGAUAUUUUGCACUUUAUCCUGAUGAAAAGUACAAGAUAUGUUCAAAGCUUCCCUUACUCAUUUCUUAUUGGUGACCACAUAGGUUUAAAGACUAACCAUGGCACAUAGAACAAUCGUGGGGGAAAGUUUGCUUCUGUUUAAAAAAUGUAUUUAACAUUUUGGGUUACUGUAACAGUUUAUAAAUUUGGUGCUCUGCUAAUUAAACACUCUAGAGAAAGAGAUUAACCAGCGCUUCAAAACAGUUCAUUAUUGUUUUGACCCCUUGUGGAGAAUUGUAUUGCCAGCCAUUCCUGUGGUUGAUAAGUAAAUUCUCAUCAGUGGGUAGAAAGCCCUAAGGUUAAUAGAGCUGGAGCCCUACCUUGGUGUGUAGUGAAAAGUAAUUUUGUAGGAAAAUUCCCCUAGUAAAGUCAUUCUACUCCUGUUAACUUAGUUUUAUAUUGGAGUACAGUGUUUAGAUGUUUGGGAGCCAGAAGGCUUUAUGCUGACAGGUCAGAAAUAAAAUUUGACUUGUGUAUUAUUUUUCAUCUUUGUCCUGGUUCUGUGUGUGUUUCCAAGUUUAUAUUAUCACAGUAUUUACAAAGACAUGUUUGCAUUGAGAAAUGAAACCUCAAGGGUUUUGCUAGGAGGGAGUACUCACUUGGUACCAUUGUAACUAAAGCCUGUCUAGUUGUUGUAAAUACUUAUCUGUCAAUUUUGACAAAUUGGGGGCCAACUUGCUAUUUUAAAUCACCAGCCCUGUAUGAAAACUUAAGACUUUAUUCAAUUUUUUACCAUUUUAUUGAAAAUAUUUAAAAUCUGCCUUUACAGUUUUUUUUUUUGGUAAUCUGUGCCAUGAAAUUUCAUAAUCACCAAAAAGUAUGGGGAAUUUUAUAUUGGGUUCUUUUUUGGUGUAAUGUUAAGUUGUAUAGAUUAUUAAUGCAUGUCCACUGAAUAUAAUCCUGGUUUUGUGAUAUAACUGCUUAGCUUUUAUUGGCAACAUAUUAGAUUAGAAUAGUGCUUAUACUAAAACAACUAAAUUCCCAUUGUGGUUAUUAAUUGGAGUUUUGUCUUUAAGCAAAAAUAUAUUUGUGAGUACAAACUUUGUGCUUAGAGAAUGUACCUGUCAGUAUGGAAGGAUGAAAAUUUUGCAUCAUUAGUGAAUUUAUUGGAUUAUGUAAUCCUUUGCAGAAUAUAAUUAUAGGUAUUUGAUAGAG